AUGAGAGUUUCUUCUUGUUUGUUUGGGGUAAUUGCUUGUUUCCUCCUUAGCAGUUUAUUAAGCAAAUUCUUUCAAGUAGAUGCAAUUCCGAAUUAUGUAUCAAAAUUAUCUAUUGUUAAACCUGUUGAUAGAGCAUUAGGAUCCAAUAUUGUAUUCAGUUUAGCAAAUGUUGCACCUGCAGACUUGUGCGUAUUAGAUAAUGAGGAUAUUAUUUUUCGGGAAGGCAAGUUUUUGAAAAGAUACUAUGCUUCUACGAAAACUGUUAGUGUUUAUUUACUGAAAACCCUUGAUGUUGAUGAUAAACAAUUUCUUUCAGAGGUUCUUUCACUAAAAAGAAAUUCAAACGGACAAUGUAUUUAUAUAGAGAAAUACAGUGGUAAAGUGAAAGUAAUUAAUCAUGAAAACAACACAGUUUCCACAUUAGUUACAUUUGGAGGAUCUAGUUCAAUUACAAUAUUCGGUGAUGAUGAAUACGGAAAUUUGGUUGUAUACAGCCUUAACAGAAUUAAAUUUGUGAAUACAACAGCACAAAGUUCAACUGCAAUUGCAGGUAAUCAAUUCACAACUACAGCAAUGCCAGCUGAUGGUUCAAACGCUUUAUCAACUGCCUUAAGACCACCAUCAUCUUAUCUUGUUCGAAAUGGAAUAGUUUAUUUUACAAUUUAUAACUCUAUUAUGAAAAUUCAAAAUGGAACCUUAUUUAGAGUUGCUGCAGAAAAAGGUAGUUGGUCAUCCUGUUCAUUCAAUUCCUCCUAUAGUGGACUAGCUUUUGAAGCUUGCGUUAUUUCCCCAAAAUUGAUCACAAUGAUUGAUGGUGAGAUUUAUUUUUCAGACAACUCAAAUUCUGUUGUGAGAAAAAUAAAUAGAGAAGGUAAUAUCGAACUGGUAUUUGGAUUUGGAAAGGAGACCAUUGACUUGAAACGAAGUAAUCAGACUUUGCAAACUCUGGGACCCAAUACUUUCACAGGAAUUUCAAUAAUUCCAUAUAAUAAUAACCUUAAAUAUUACAUGUCAUUACCAACUAAUAUAAUUACGGUGGACCAAUAUUCGAAUACUAAAAAUGUUGCAGGAUUUGUCAAGGAGGAUUUAUCCUUAUCAACCUACAUUCAUGGAUUUCAAUUCAGUCCAACUUUCAAACCUAUUAAAACAUAUAGAAAUGGGGAUUUUAUUAUUAUUGGACAGGAUAAGCGAACAGUGUACAGACUGAAGCAUAAAAGUGGUUUAUUGAAACCAUUGAUUACUUUGAAUAACGAUAUUUACCAAUGCAUAGUAGAUAAAUCAACAAGAGAGGAUUUAUUCAUUGCCACUGAGUUUAAAAAUAACACUAAGGUGACUAACUUCAUAUACAAGUUCAACAUUUAUUCAAAAUUAUUACAAUUAAUAGCAGGAAACAGCUCUUCAUCAACUGGAUAUCAAUAUGAUGGACAAUCCUCAUUAGAUAUUUCAAUUACCGAGUUCUUGAAUAUGCAAUAUUUGAAUGGUUGUUUAUUUUUCAGCUAUGGAGCUGAUCAACAUAGAAUAUUUCUACUGGAUCUGUCCAAUCUCACCAUCAAAAAAGUAUUUGGUGUUGGAUAUCAGGAAGGAAUAAGUCUUUCUGGAUUAUAUUCAGAUGCUAAAGAUGUUAAAUUUGACUCGUUAUUAGGAAUUAUGUCACAUCCAAUAACUGGUACUUUAUAUCUGAGAACAAGCAAUAUUAUUUCAUAUAUAGACAAUCAAAAUAGGGUAAUGCCCUUGGUUGGGCGAGGAUAUAACAAUUUGUACGAAAUGCCUCGUCCCUCUGAGGGAGAUCUUAUGCCUACAUCAGCAGCUUUAUUCAGUACAAUGAUAUUUCAUCCAGUAUCACAAAAUUUCUACUUUGCAUAUCAAACAGGUUAUUCUUCAUAUAUUUUCGAACGAAUUAAUUCGACUACUUUGAGAACAGUUUUUUUUAUUGGUGAUUCAGUGAAUAGCUUUGUUAUUAGAAAGUCUAAUGGUAAUAUUUACUACUUGGCAAAAUCUGUUGUUGGCUAUGAUCCAACAAAUGAUACACACACAACAAUAGCAUCUUUUUCUAGAACAGUACCGAAACGUCUCUGUUUAUUAAGUGAUGACACACUUGUGUUCUCAGAAAUUUCUUCUUCCUAUUUAUCAUUCUUUAAUCUUACCAGCCAAACGUUGUCAACAAGAACCUUAAAUCGUACCGUUGAUGGAAAAGUUGAUUAUUGUACAGUUACAAAUAUUCUCUGUUUCAAUGAUGAAAUUUAUGUGACCUGCUCAUCCUCUCUCCAUACUAAAGACUAUUAUAUUGCCAAGUUGAAAAUUAUAGAUACUGAAAUUACACCUGUUGCUUACGGCUUACCGUAUAGUCCAAUAAGCUGGACAAUAGAUCAAAAUGGAACAAUUUUCAUGAUAGGUGAUACUUGUAAUCAAGGUGUUUAUAAAGUAGUAAAUGGUACCAAGAUUGUUCAAAUUGCAGGUCAAGGUUUGAGAACACCAAGUGAUAGGUCCCCCCUCAGUAAAUAUGGAUGGACUAUUGCUGAAAAUGGAGAUAUAUAUUUCAUAAGAGACACUGGUGGUUGUGAUUAUCCUAUUAGAAGAGUAAUUCGUGAUGAAGGAGUUGUAGUGGAUGUGCUUGGAAAUGGAACCAUAACUGGUCCAAAAUAUUUUAGAAAUGCUGAUUAUAUUAACUCUUUUUCAGAAUUCUUAAAGGAUGGAACUUAUUAUGGAGAGACUAAAAGUUCAAAGUUUUGGUAUGAUCCAAAGAUUGAUGCAUAUUUUGUCAAUCCAACCAAUUUAACAUUCAAGAUAGCUAGCUCCAGUUUCAACCAAGAUGGAGAUGUUGUUUUCAUUGAUGAUACAGCUGGUUAUGGACUCUAUAGUUAUAUUGUUGAUUGUGAAAGAGACAAAUAUGGAUAUUGUUUACAAAACUUCACUUGCUUUGGUGUAUUUUACAAUAAUGAUUCAGCUUGUUUUGGAAAUGGCGAUUGCACAAGUUUUAAUGGUUGUGAAUGCUUUGAUAAUUAUUAUGGUGAUGAUUGUUCCAAAAUAUAUUGCUUUGGAAUCUUGAGUGAUGAGUCUAAUGUAUGCAACGGAAAUGGAAAAUGCGUCGACUUUGAUAUUUGUGAAUGUAAAGAGGGUUACAAUGAUAAUACUUGCAGUGUGACUUCAUGUUUCGGUAUUCUGUCAAACUCUUCAUUGGUUUGUAGUGGAAAUGGAAGUUGUUUCGUUAGAGCUGUGUGUAAUUGUAAUGAAGGAUCAACUGGACUGUUUUGCAAUGAAACUGCCACUGUUGAAAACAUGAAAAAUGCAACAAAUAAUAGCUUAACCUCAAAUACAACAAAAGUAUUGAGUAAUGACACUUCCAUUGAUAACUCAACCCUUAAUAACAAUUACACAAAUACUGCCAUUAAUAACUCAUCUCCAGCUUUUGAUAAUACCACCAAUUUUGGAAAUAUUACUGAAGGUUUCAUUAAUAAUAGCUCACUAAUGAAUAAUACUUCCAGUAACAAUUCAACAAAUAAUUUGACUAAUUCAUCAAUGGCACUAGAUAAUUCUACAUGCACCAACUGCAGUACAGUACCAGUUUCAAAUUCUUCCGUCUUGAGUAAUAACUCAGUAUUAUCAAAUACUACAGCUAAUAGUAACACUUCUUUAAUGUUUGUAAAUAACAAUUAUACAAAUACCAUUAAUAAUUCUUCGACAGGUUUCUUAAAUUCAACCAAUGUUGGAACAAUCAAUGAUACCAAUGUUUCCUUAAAUAAUGCAACCUCCAAUACAACAACAACCUCUUCAAACACUGUUUUAGUUACCAAAUGUUUUGGAUAUGAAAUGAAUGAUUCAAGAGUUUGUAGUGGUAAUGGUAAUUGUACCUCAAACAACACAUGUCAAUGUAAUUCACUUCAUCAUGGUUUGCAAUGUGAAUUGUUGACAAGUUUUACAAAGACUUCUUGUUUUGGAAAAUUACAAGCAGAUCCAUUAACUUGUUCAGGAAACGGUUUCUGUGUUGAUGAAAAUAAUUGUCAAUGUAAUGUUGGUUUUAUUGGAACAAGGUGUUUUGCCCAAAGUCCACAACCAACUUUUAAUUCUUUUGGAAAUACUUUAGAAUUUCAUAUGAAUAACUGGCAACUUGGCUGCAAUAAUAGCUUUGUAGAGUGUAGUAAGCUGCUAUUAGAUGAUAGUUUAACUUUAUUUGGAAAUAACCCAUCAUGCUUUUGGAAAGAUGGUAAUUUCUAUAUUGAACUUGGUGGUCAACAUUCUUUAUUGCCCUUCCUAAAUAUUACUUUGAAUGUAAAUGCACUUGAUAACAAUGAACUUUCUAACAUUAAUUGCCCGUUAUCCGUUACUAUACUUCCUUCCAAUAAUCCAGUGAAACCAAUCAUUAGUGUUGCAUAUAAGAAAAGUAUCAGUCCAUGUGAAGAAAUAUUAAUUGAUGCAUCAGGAUCAUAUUGUGGAGAUUUGAAACCAGUCAAAUUUAUUUGGUCAAUUGAAUCGUCCCCAGAUCCGAAUUUCAGUCUAGAAAAAAUAUCUUUAAGUAAUUUCAAUUCCACUUUGAAUUCAAACAACAUUUCCAUUUCAGGAAUGUAUGUAUUGGGAUUAAUUGUAGAAAGUUCUCUCAGUGGUUCAAAGAGUGAAAAGCAAUUUAUUGAAAUUUCUAAAUCAUUUGUUCCACAUCCAACACUUUCAAUGCUGACAAGUAAAAUGUCAUUAAUCAAUAUUGAGAAAAGUUCUCUUCCAAUAGUUGUAAAGAAAUCUAUUGAAUUACCUGCUUGCUAUUUUGAAAACAAGGAAUUUGAAUAUAUUUGGUACCAAGCAUCAGGUUCUACCAUUGAUUAUCAGAUAGAUGUUAACAAUGAUUUAGUUAUAACUGGAAUUUCAAAUAGCCAAGAUGAAUCCUUUUUAUUUGGUGUUAAAGCAAUAUCAAAAUUUAAUUCAAAUUCAAAUGCAACAUUACUUAUUCCAAUAUCCAGCAAAUCAAGAGAUUUAUCAGUCAAUAUUUAUCUUUCCAAUUUGAAUACAAAUCAAGCUGAAACUAAUGUUGAAUAUUCAGAUCCAGAUAAUGAUGUAUCAACUUCUGAUUCAUGGACUUGGUCUUGCUUUGACAGAAUCUCAAAAAAUUCAUGUCAGGAUUCAUUAAUUUCAAAUAUUUUAAACCAAUGUUCAAACUUGAAGUCUCCAAAAUGUACUAUUCAAAAAUCGUCACUUUCAAAAGUUACUUUAACAUUGUCAAUCCAAAAAGGAAUACGUUACAUAUCAAAAUCAGUAGAUAUUGAUUUUCCAAGUACGGAAUUAUUGAUUCCACCUGUGAUUAGUUUAAUUUCUGUCAAACCAAACAGAGUGAAAGUUAUCAAAGGUGAAGUCUUGAGUUUACAAUUAUCCGUUAUUUUGGGAGGAGAUGAAAAAUACACAACUGAAGAUGAUAUGAUCAGAGAAUGGACAAUCAAUGGUGCUACAUUGACUGACUCGAUGAUUUCCAAAAUGUCAGUUAAUCCAUCAAAAUCCUCAUCAUUAAUCCUUUCACUUUCCACCUUCAUAGAGGAUACAGAAAAUGAAAUAUUAUUCAAAGUAACAGAUAGAAGAAAUAAUCUAUCAUCAAUAUUUUCUUACAAAUUCAAACUUGUCAAAUCUCCAAAAUCAUGUCUCUGCUAUAUUAAUCCAUCAUAUGGAUAUGCAUUAGAGACUCAAUUCUCAUUUUCUUGUCCUGGGUGUCAAAAUACAGAAAAAUCAAUUGAUUUUGUUUUUGGAUUCAUUGACGACAAGUCAGGAACAAAAAUUCCACUUUACAAUUUAGGAGAAAAGUUUUCUUCAUACCUUCCUUCUCCAUUUUUUUCAAAACAAAUGGAUACAUUUGUUGACAUUGUUGAUUUGGAUACAGGAGCAUCUGUUGAGUUUAUCAAAACUGUUGAAAUCUUAACUCCUGCAGCAGCAUCUCUAUCAAAUGUUAAAAGCAAAGUAAAGUCAUGGCAAUCCUAUGCUGCAUCAUACCUACCAAGUGACAGUGCUAAAUUAGUUUUCAAUUCUGCUACAAUUUCAAGAACUUCAGAACUAAUGAUUGCCCAGUUGAGCCAAGCAAGAAACUUGAACAUGGACGUUGCAUAUGGAUUGAGAGAAGAAAUGAUCAAUAGCAUGGCUAUUGGAUUAGAUCAGAAAAGUCCUUUGGAGUUAAUUUCGGAUAUUCAUUUCAGCGUUUACGUUUUUGGAUUGGAAUCAUUAAUUUCAAAUUGCCACUCUAUUGAAUCACUUCCAUUUGAUAAAUUUUUCAAUUUGACAGAGAGAAUCAUUAACUUGGCCAAUCAGAAUACUAAAUUCAGAGUAGCUUAUGGUGUUGAAACAUUGUGCAACAGCUUGUUUGAUAAUAUUAUAAGAUUAUUAACAAACUGUAGUGAACUCAGACAAAAUUAUAGAUAUGGAGUUUUGAAUUCAAUGAAGAAAUUCACUAAUGUCUUGUUGAGAAAUUAUAAUGUCGGUCAAAAGGAUUACCAUGUACAUCUUUCACAUUUUUCAAUAUUUUCUCUCUUGAGUUACAAGAAUCAAAUGAAAAAGACAAUAACUUCCUCUGAUGGAAAUAGCACUCUUGUAUUCAAUAGAAUUGAUCCUAAUGUUCCAAGUAGAUCUGUUCUAGAGACAUCAUUUUUCUCAGUGGAAGAUUAUAUGGGUGUCUUUGAUUAUCUGAAUCAAAUUUCAACUACACAGAAUAUCCAAGUUUCAGAGUUUGAACAACUUGAAUUGAAACAGAGCUAUAGAUUACUCACUAAGAUUGUAUUUCUGGAUAAGGUGUAUGCUGCUGAUAUUUCAUUUACCUUCAACAUUCGUAAUGAUUACAACUUUUCAAAUAUUAAUGUGAAUAACUAUUUUGAGAGCUCAGGUGAAACAGUUAAACAACAAAAAACAAAUAUCAUUUCAACUCUUGAAUGUAUUCCAAUAGAUAAUCUAUUCAGUGAAGGUAAUCUAAAUUGCUCUCUAAUUGUUUCCAAUUCAUUAAUACAUUGUAAUUGCUCAAAAGAUGUUACAUCAUUAGUGGUGGUGGAAAAAACUCUUUCCACAUCAACAAUUACAUUGCCAAUAUCAAUACCAAAUAGCAACCAAUCCAAUUCUGAGUUGUAUGGGCUAUUUGGGUUACUUGGAUUAGGUAUAUGUUGUUGCUGUUGUGUCAUCAUUAGUAUUUUAGUAAUUAUUAUUGUUAAGUGUUUGAGAAGAAAGAAACAGCCUGAAAUAGCCACCAAAAAAGAAGUUGAAUUAAUGACUGUUUAG